GUUAUUUUUUUCGGUGGGAAUGCAAUGAAUAAAAAUGAAUUUUAAUGGGAAAAAUGUCUAUAAAAAUUUAUGCCAGAGAGAGUAUGGGCGAAAAAAUGUUCAAAAUACCACUAUAAGAAAAUAUAAAUUAUUUGAUAUACUCUUUCGAAAUCAGUACAUUGACAACCUAUUUAGUCACGUGUUCCUUGGUUUUACUCAAGAUGGCGCCCAUCUGAUAUCCUACGCCUCGACUUCUGACUGCCACCAGGCCAUCCUCGAUUACGGGCACGAUUCCAUCAUCCAUUCGGCUUCGGCAGCCGUUUCCGCUUUCCACGGGCAGCAUUUCCAACUUUAUUUGUGGUCGUUCGAGCCCCAUCGCGGAUUAAGACUAUUCAACCGAAUAAUUCUCUUCAAUCGGGAAUACGUGAACGAGAACUCGUUCAUUCUGGUCACCCAACCCAAACAUUUUGGCGCGUCAAUCAUGUUGGAAAAAUCGGCUCGCUCUUUGGCGGCGGAAUGGAGGGUGAAAGAUUCGCGAGAUCUCGAAAACAAAAAUAUCGAAAUCGAGCCGACGAAUAUGAAUUCGCUUUUGAUAUACGCUUGCAACCUAGAUAAAAUCGGACACGAAACGCCGAAUCAGCGAUGUUAUAAAUGCUACCUAACGCUCAUCUACUACGAAACGCAAGUCAUCAGAGACGCUAUCGAUUAUUACGGCCCGACCCGGCCGCGAACUUGCGACUUUCGUCUCGACUUGAAGCACGAACUGGCCAACUCUCACGGGCCUUUCUUCGAACCCCGUCAGGCUUGUCUCCCAUCUGGCUUUAUACUUUUACGCUUGGCCGAUGCUCUGAUAGCUUUUCGCCCGAGGCUCACUGAUACGGUCGGCGCAAGAAUCUCAAAGGAGAAUGUAUCUCACCCAACCAAAUCCACGCGCGGUCCUAGCGUAGAGUCCCGCUCAACGUAUUACUCGUUCCGCACUUUGACAUCUAAUCGUGACUCUUAUGAUUCUCACGAUGAAACGGAAGCUCGAAACACCGAAAAUUCGCGAAACCCAACGGGGAAUGAUACGAAUGGUAGACAAGAUGAGAUUGAAUCCGAUUUGUUGAGUAGAUAUUUAGAUUUCGGGGUCGCGACUUUCGACGGGACGCCGCUCGAGUUAAUCAAAGAUAAUCAGGACCCUUCACAUGAUCCAUCCAUUCAAAAAGAUCAAUCUGUAGGAGAAACUUUGAACGAAAGAUAUGAUAACUCAUCAUUAUACCUCAAGGUGGAGCAAAGGCUUCUGGACAUCGAAGCCUUCCUCUCCAAUUUCAUAGACGAAACAUUUUUCGCAUCUUCUUCCCUUCACCCUCAAUCUUCCCAUUCCAAGGUAUCCUACAAAAAACUCAAAAACUCUCCCCCAUCCUAUCACAUUAUCCAUUUGGAGGGUGCCAACGACACGAGCUCGAACGAUGGGAAUAGUAGCGAUAAAAAUAUGGCGAAUAAUAACGGUAAUAAAAAAAAGGGCGGCAGUUUCGUGUCGGUCAAUCGCUACCUCUACAAGAGCGUGGUGGUGUACGACUACGAUACGCUCGUCCUCGAGGACGGAGUGGUGGAAAAAUUUGAUACCGACACGACCAUACUUGAUCUGGACUUAGAGUUUCUUCUCAAGGUCAGUUACACCGAAUAUUCCCCGUACGAUUACGAAAACAGCAGUUUCUCCGACAAUGCUAAUCGUUCUACUGAAAAUAACUCCCCAAAUUCCGGCGCGAAUUCGCAAAAUCCGGCCGCCAAUUGGAAUGUCGUGAACACCUCCUACUUUUCGACCAACCUAAGAUUAUCCUGGGAUUUUGGGAGCGAUGGCGUAGCGGUAAAUAAAGGGGAACCAGUGGACAUAGAUGGAAGGAAGCGAUUAUAUCUUAAACCUGUCCUUAAUCAUAAGUUCUGGGGUCCUUCUCAUGGUCGUAGCAACGAAAAUAGUAGUAAAACUGCGGCCACCAAACAUUUCGUCAACGACAAUUUUCAUACUCUCUCAAAUAUCAGUUUGCUCAAAGGAAAGUCAAUCAACUCAAUCCGACACCCAUCAAAUGUAUACUCUAUAACUCUGUGAUAAAAACUUAUAUUUUUAUAUCCAUGACAAUUUAUAUAUUUUUUAUUUAUAUAUACAGUAUUUUGCAUGCAUUUAUUUUUUUUUGCGCUUGUGCCGUAAUAUAA